AUGGACAACCUUGUGGAUUUGGAUGAUUUCGAUGAUGAUGAUUUUGAUGGUUCAUCUUGGGGAGGACAGAGUAAUCAACUUGAUACAGUCAGUGAAACAUUAUCAGCAAGAAAUCACGAUGAGGAUGAAGAUCUUAUUCCAUCAAAGAAGAAUGAUUAUGUUCCUCAACAAGAGUAUAAUCCUCAUGAAUCGGAAGAAAUGGAUCCAAUGAUGUUUGGACAAGUGGAUCAUAAUGAGAGCUUUGAUGAUUUUGAUAAUGAACAUUUUGAGGAAUCACACCAGGAGGAAAAACAAGCUCAAGAAUCACCAUCACCAAAUCCAAUCAGAACAAUUGAUGAUUUGGAGGAUUCUGAUGAUGAUGAUUUUGAUGACAAUUUUGAGCUUUCAGAUGACGAUGUUGAGGAAGAUGAACAAACAAAUUCAUUCAGAAUUGUGAAAAAAACUGAAUCACCUCCAAAAGAAGAACAAAUUGCAAUACCAUCAGUUCCUUCAACUGUAGAGGAGAAACAAGUAACUGAAAGUUUUGAAUCCAAUGAAUCUGACCAGCUGGAAAAUGUAAAUUUUGAAAAACAAUACAGAACUCUGGAUGACUACGACGAUUAUAGCGAUGAUGAAGCAGCUCAGGAAGAGAUAAAUGACAGUGAAGAAAUUGAGCAAUCUCAGGUCAACUCUAUCAACAAUAACAAAGAAACUCCCCAAGAACUGCCACAAAACAAUUAUUUGAAUCAGCCAUACAGUCAAUCUAUUAGAAGUGAUUCAUAUCGAAAUUUUGACCAAAAAUCAAUUCAGGAUCAAAAUUUUGCCAAGACACUCCCCCCUAAGAUUAAUUACAAGCCUCAACAAGAGUCACAGAAAGAAACGACAUCAUCUCUUGCAACAGCAUCUACUCUUCAGAAAUUAGCUCUGCCAAUUUCACAUCAGCCAUCUAGAUCUCAAUCCUCAAUUCAAAAUGUUCAACCGAUUCAACAAGAACAACAAUCCACAAUAUCAUCUCAAAAACAAACUCUCCAACCAAACCUUUCAUCAAAACAAUCGACUCUUCAAUCUAAUCAAAACUCAAUACUUCAAAGACAAACUUCAACUCUUAAAUUUACUCUUCCUUCAACAUACUCUCCUAAAUCUGAAAAUGAAGAGGAUGAUCUUGAAAAUUACAAUCCUAUUCAAUCCAUCAAAAUAUCUCCUAAGGUUAAGCCACUAGCAAAAAAUAUUAAUAUUGAAAGUACAGUAGUUGAGGAUAAUAGAUCUGAUAAAUCAUCUUCGAGUACAAAAUCGGUUCCAGUAUCUUCACAGCCAACAACAAAAGAAAAUCUUGAAAAGGUUUUCCUCUCCCUCAAAUCAAAGGAAGAUUUCAAAGUUAGAGAAUCAGAAAUAACAUCUCCCAAAAGACCAGAAAAGAAACGGGAAGAAAGAAUAUUGAAAGAGGACUGUAUAUUUUAUCCAGUUAAGGAAAACCAAUCCAAGUAUAUUUCCUUAGAAGAAAUAGCAAAGAGAAACAAUACUUUGAGGACAUUUAAUAUGGAGACUAUCAUGUCUGAAGCACUUUCUAGGAAAACAUCGAAACGUCAAGUUGAUUUAAGAGAUGACAAAAUUCUACAAUUAGUUCUUGAUCUCUAUUUUUCUGUAAGUUGUACCACUUUUUUUACUAACAGUUUUAGAAUGGUUUAG